GGGCGCUAGUGGUUUACUACCGCCAUUGAGCUGCGGUGUUUUUGGAGCCUGUCUUGUUGUUAGGCAGGUUGUCAGGGACAUCCAUCAGCUAGUGAGCUAGCGAGGGAUUAUGAAGUUUAGGUAACGAUGACUCAAGUAUUUACUAACGAAAAACAGCCGCUGUUUUGCUUGUUUUCUUGUACGUAGCUGCAUUGUCCUUCUACGUAUUAGUAGCAAUAACGUCAGCUUUGCUUUGUCUAGAAAUACAGGAUUUACUCCUGAAUGUGCUUCGUAAACAGUUAGCUACUACGUGCUAAUGCUAAACAUAAUAUAACGUUUCUUUGAAAUUGAACAACCUCAUGGACUCUUGCUGUGAUAGUCUGUAAGUCUUCACUUUGCGGUUGCAUUCGCGUGGAGGGAAAAUGGAAGACGUAGCGGAACCUUUUAUGGAGCAGGAUGAAUUUGACAGCGGCGAGAUUACUUCUCCACUGCCACCUUUUCCCCACCCUCCCUUUCGGUCCACUCGACUGCACAUCCAGAGAAGCAAUGUGUGCUCCCGGGCUUAUUUCGUUGUGGUUAUGGUGUUCUUCCACGUUUACAUCCUGAAUGUCAUCGCGCUGCUUCUCUACGUGCACUAUAACAACGGAAUCGGAGAUUUAGACAGUAGUAGUGGAAGCCCAUCCGCACCUGUCAGCGCCAGCGGGAGCCACGUACCCCAACCUGCCCCGCCGACAGACUUACACGUGGAGGACUACAGUCACAUCUUCAGUCUGCCUCGGAUCGAAGGAAUUCGGGUUGGACACAUUCAGAGACUUUCACUCGUACAGGACAGAACCCAUGAGAUGAAGACCCUGAGCUUGAAACCUCUGCUUUUUGAAAUCCCAGGCUUCCUGUCAGAAGAAGAGUGCCGUGUGGUGGUGCAGCUGGCUCAGCUCAAGGGCCUCACUGACAGCCAAACAGCAUUUGGUCAAGAGGACUCCAAGCAGCCACUGCUUUCUCUCAGCACGGAAGAAGUCUUCAGUCUCCUGGACCUGAAUCAAGAUGGGCUUCUUCAGAAACAGGAGAUUGUGAGUCAUUCCCGUUCUCAAGAUGGAACUUGGUUGAGCCCAGUCAACCUGCGGCAAAUCCUGACUGGUCUGGAAGCCUGUCCCACAGGGACGCUGUCACUGGGAGAUUUUAAGCAGGUUUUCGAUGUGUCCCAGCAUUCAGCACUACACCAAAGUGGGAAGCUCCAUAGCAAUUUUAAACAAAGAAACAAACAUACCUGGCUGUACCAGGGGCCAGGCUCCCACCAUGUGUUGCAAACACUCAGGAACAGAAUAAUCAGUUUGUCCCGACUGCCCUCUCCGCUGGUGGAACUGAGCGAACCGCUGCAGGUUGUUCGCUAUGAGCUCAGAGACUUCAGCGAUGCUCAUUAUGACAGCAGCCCCUCCCACUCAGAGACCACAUGCUCACACACACGCCUCACAGGGAAUUCUUCUGCUCUCACUGAAGUCUCCUGCAGGUAUCUAACCGCCUUGAUCUACCUCAGCUCUGUAGAGGAUGGAGGUGAGAGCACCUUCCCUGUUGCUGAUAACCGGACCUAUGAUGAAAAAGCAUUGAUCCAGGAUGGAGUUGACUUGACUGACACUCAGCAGACGUGCGGUAAAAGUAAUCUGAAAGUAAAACCUGCGGUUGGAACAGCCCUUUUCUGGUACAACCAUCUCUCCGAUGGUCAAGGUUGGAUGGGUGAACUUGAUGAGUAUUCCUUACAUGGCGAGUGUCCAGUUAAGAGAGGAGUGAAGUGGGUGGCCAACAGCUGGAUAAACGUGGAUCCAGAUCACCAACAACAGGAAAGCUACCAAAGACUAGUAGCUCAAAAGUAUCGCACCAAAUCUGGCUUGGAAGACUACUAUCAGUCUGUUUCACACACUGACUUCCACCAAGAUCUAUAGCCAGACGUUUUCAGUGUGUUUGCUCACAUGCUUUUUAGGUAAUCAAGGUACAAUCUGUUUUUCAAGUAAACUGGAUUCCUUAAAUGUCAUGUAUACAGAAACCUUGUUACUCCUGUGCGUGUAAACCCCCAAAUGGUUUCUUUUCCUCUUUUAAGUGCAUGCAAAUUCACACAUUGAUACAGCAUUUCUAAACUUUACACCUCUGAGAAAGUCUAUUGACAUUCCAGACAAUACAGUUUGCACAAAACAGUGUUGCAUAUCAUCUCUUUUGGGUUUAGCUUUUCAUUAUUUUUUGUUAAACAGCAUAAAAGGAGCAGAUUUAUGACAACAUGAAAUAAAAAAAGGAAGUUAUUGUUCUCUGAAGCUGAGCUCCAUGAAUGUAUGGCAAACAAAGAGUAACAUGGACUCCAUCAUUUAAAAUUAAUAGUGCUGCUAUGUCAAGGAGUUCAUCUAGUCACUGCCUUCUUUAUACACUGAGCGGGAAUUAUAUAAUAGUUGUUGACAUAUGAAGGAUAUAGAACAUCUAUGAGAAGGAUCAGUUUAACAAUUAUUUUAAAAACUUGUGUUGGAAGCAUAAAAGUGAAUCUUGGAUGGCUCAAUGCAUAUUAUUUGGGAAGAAGUUGAUGCUGGUUCAAAUGAUUCAAAGGGCAUAAUUUUUAGGACUGCUUUAGCAUGUGUAGUUGCAUUCCAGUUACAUUUUCUGCUGAUGUUCAGCUGCAGCACUUUGAGUCUGGCUAUUUAUUUGCAUGUGACUUACAAAUGAAGCAUUUACCUAAAAACUGUUUCUGAUCUUUCUAAACCCUUUUUAUUGAAAUGUUAUUUCUUAUAGAGGGGACUGUUUUGCAGCUGGAUAAUAUACUAUUCCACAAAGCACAAUUGACCAGUAAUGGUUUGGGGAGCACAACAAACAUGUGAAGGUUUGACUUGCCCCCUCAGAAUGCAUGAGCAUUUGCAAAAUAGACACCACAGCACAGCUGCAGUGUUCUGGUGAGGGUUUAUGUACUCUGUUAUUCAUUUAUUUUUAAGCCUGUUGUUAAAACUAUGUCAUAUUAGUCACAUGUGAAUGUAAAAUGUAUGUCAAACCUUGUUUGCCACCUUUGUUUUUGCUUCCAAUAUUAUUGAGCUUCUCAUUUCUGUGUUUAUUUAUUAAGAUGUUGUUCCUUUUUUCUUUGCAGAAGUCAGGAGAGUUAUAUCAGAAUUAAUACAAAGCCACCUAUUGGGAUUAAAUGCAAAUAUAAUAUUUACAGUAAUGUCUUUCAUAUCAUGAAUAUUUAUUGUCUGAAACUAUUUAUGAGUGUUAUUUAUUACCACCUGGUGAUUUAAUUUAUUAUGUCUAUUUAUAACAGCUUGAUGUUGCACUGAAUCUUCUGUUUGGUUGUGCUUGUUAUAUGUCAUGAAAUAAUGUAUAAAGAUAUUUUUUAAUAGUUGA